AAUUGGAAGGAAACAUGGCACAGUUAACAUUUAUCUUUAAAGUUUUUGUUACGGACUGGUCAGUAGUAUUGAGACACGAUUGGAACACAACGAGGAUAUACUAUAAGGCAACUAUUUUAUCAAUCCGCGAAAUGCCCUGAAUAGCAUAACUUGGAAAAGAAGCAGUCGGGGUCACCAUAUGAAAGAUGAGACUGAACUUCGAUGAUGUUCUGCGGCACCUGGGGGAGUUUGGACGCUAUCAGAAAUGGGUGUACUUUCUCCUGUGUCUUCCAGGACUCAGCUUUGGUAGCAGGAUGAUGAUCAGUAUGUUCCUCCUCAACGUUCCAGAACACAGGUGCGCCAUCCCCGGCCACUACAACGACACCUACAAUGUACAGUCUAUCAACCACGCCUAUCUUAUAAACGCCACCAUCCCCUACGUCAAAAGAGACGGCAAACUGCAGCUUGACCGUUGUCACAUCUACCGUGACAUUGAUAACAUCACCACUGUGGGCGCCAACCGUACAGUGGUCGGCUGUAAGAAGUGGGUGUAUGACAAGUCAGUGUUCGAGUACACUGCCUCAAUGGAGUUUAGUUUUGUGUGUGACGACGCCAUACUCGCAACUCACUCAAAGAUGAUCUUCAUGGGUGGGUGCUUCUUUGGGGCAUUUGCUUCGGGAGCCCUGGGCGACAAGAUCGGGCGGAAGAAGGCUCUUUAUCUGUGUAUCCUGCUCCUCACUGCUGGGGGAAUCAUCCUCAACUGGUCCAGCAAUUUCGUCAUGUUCAUCACCCUCCGCUUCAUCAACGGUGCCUCGGCAACCGGAAUGUAUACCACUUGUUUCGUAAUAGGUAUGGAGAUAGUAGGCCCCUCUAAGCGUGUAUGGACAGGGACGAUUCUCGGUGUGUUCUUUGCACUUGGUAUGACGAUGUUGUCCGCAGUUGCCUUCUUCAUCCGAGACUGGCAUACGCUGGAGCUAGUCAUAGCUGUCCCUGUUGCCAUCUUCCUCAUUUACUGGUGGGUCAUUCCAGAAUCUCCAAGAUGGCUGAUGAACGAGUUCCGGUAUCAGGAAGCGGAAGUGAUCAUACGUCGCGCAGCAGACGUGAACAAAGUCAAGUUACCUGAAAACCUGUUUGAACAGCAAGAGAAGACAGAGGCUGAAACACAUGAUGACAACAAACCCAAGGGCAGCUUCUUGCAUCUCUUCACCACUCCAGUCAUGUGUACACGAACUCUCAUUAUAUUUUUUAACUGGAUGGUGGUCAGCAUGGUGUACUACGGCCUAUCUCUCAACUCAGACAACCUUGGGGCAGGCAGCCUCCACCUCAACUUCCUGCUGGUGGGACUUGUGGAAUUACCGGCCUGUGGUCUCGUAGUAAUGCUACUCAACAAAGUGGGGAGGAAGGUCAUGCACUGUGCAUCUAUGUUAGUAGGAGGAGUGUCCUGCAUCCUCACCAUCUUCACCAUCAUGUAUGCUGAUCAGUCAUUACAAUGGGUCACCGUCCUACUCGCUAUGAUAGGGAAGCUUGGGGCAGCAGCAGGCUUUGCCAUCAUCUAUACCUUCUCCUCAGAACUGUUCCCAACAGUCAUCCGCCACUCUGCCAUCGGCGCAAGUUCCUCCUUGGCCCGGAUAGGAGGCAUGAUAGCACCGUAUAUUGCAGACUGGGGCAAGUUUGUUGGUGGGGACUUCGGCCGCGCUCUGCCGCUUUUAAUGUUUGGCGGUCUGGCAGUCCUGGCAGGUCUGUUGUCCCUACUCCUGCCGGAAACACUCGACAGAGACCUUCCGGAGACCAUUGAGGAUGGGAUCAAGUUUGGCAGAAAACCCAUUCAUCACAGAGCUUUAGAUGACGAAGAAAAGCAACAAGGCCUUUCUUUGCUUGCAAUACCUGAUACUACAGACCUGGAUGAGAAUCACCCACCUCAAAACAGACAACCACUGGCCCCAGUCAAUGCUUGAUGUUGAUCUUGAUGUGCAUUGCUGAAGUUACCAUAAAUGAUAUUCUUGUAUGUAACCGGUAUUCCCACCAUCAAAGAUGUGGAAAAGAAGUGGAAGAGUCAAGUAUAGAAGAAUCAAAUAUAUCGGUGAAGCCUACACAACUUGAAUACACCAAUGGGAAUUUCAGAGUAUUGUACGAGGCAAGUAACUCUAUAAUCGGAUUAUCAGGCUCGGUGACCUUGACAGAAACGAUUUUUUGUGUGAAAGAGAGUGCGGUUCUCUAAUGGCCACACAGGAAGUGAGUGAGAGAACCACAAGACCAUGCGUUAAGAUGAGGGAUACCAUUACUUCUCUGAAAUAUUGGACUAAGAGCUGGAGGACUAAAUCCACUGACAAGUAUUCAAAUAUGACAUCGAGUUAUUCUUAUUAUGUUUAUCCUUAUCAUCUAUACUUGUUAACUAUGGUCAAACAUAUCAUCAAAACAACUAGAACCACUGCAACGCUACUUUGCCAGACCACAGAGCUUCCACAACAGAUCACCAACUAGUGUAACUACUCAAACUCUUGGUCUCUGAACAACGGAAGCAGUGUUUGUCAAGACUAAACGUAUCUACGUCAAUAUACUCUGUAGAUGUAAAGCAGGGUAUUUUGUAAAAAACAAAACAAAACCUUUUACAUCAGACUUGGGCAGCACCUACACAACUAUACAUCAGAUAAAUCUGUACUCCAUGAUCCCCUAGGUAUUAAUAAAAAGGACAAGCUCUUUCAUUCCAUAGAAACAUAUCUCACUAAAGGACAUACAAUGUAACCAACCAAAGACAAUAUGGUGAGGUGAAGUGAAAUUGGGUUUAACGUCGCGUCCAAGAUUAUUGCACUUAUAUAGCGACGUGCAUGCACAUGUGUGUGUGGCUAC